CCACCAUAAGGAUCCUUGACAUUAAGUAGAGUGUUAAACUAGAACUGUAAAGAGCUAUGAUGAUACUAUUGUUUUUUACUCCCCAGGGCUUGACACUUACCCCAUGAGGUCGUAUAGUAAUAUGCCAAGGGACCUUAUGUUUAGGUAAAUAAACAAAGAAACCAAGCUAUUGUCAAAUGCACGUCUUUGAAGGCCUACGGUGUGUUGAAUUUCCGAAGAUGCCCUCCGGGGCUGGACUUACGGGAUUUUAUCCACAAAAGGGCUGUUCCCAAACAUCGGACACACCAAACUACAGUGACCUUAUUUCUAUCCCACAAAAGACUCAGCUCUAUAAAAGCCAUCCGUAGUAUGCAAGAAGAUUUCACAGGCUGAGGAUAUUCAAGCCAACCGCAGCAAUGGAGUUUCUUAUGCAAGGUACAAAUGCAGCAAGCAACAAGAAAAUGAUUCUCCUCAAUAUUUUCGUCUUCCUCCUCGCGACGUGUUCCGAAAACAGCGCUCAGUUAACGUUAACUGAUUGUGGAUUAGAAUACAGACACCCAGAAUACACUGACAUAGAUGUUGAAUGUGGAACGCAGUACAUCGAUUUGGCCAUCAAAUUCUGCCCUGUCUUGUACAGUGGCUUCAAUGAGUCACAGCUUAACCUCAACAACAUCAUGAAUAACCAAGCCUGCCAGGGCACGCUCGAUGCUACAGCCUCACCCCCUGUGGUUCGAUUUAGGGUUCCUCUUAACACAACCUGCGGAAGCAACUUUGUCACAGUCCAAAGUGUGGGAACAGGCAUAUUUUCAGACUUCUCAAACAUUCAGACGGUCAACAUUAGCGGAGUGGUAACUUCAAAUGAGAUCACAACAGGCACGGUGACAUACAGCACAGAUUUGAAGUAUUACUACUCCUGCUCUUAUCCUCUGGAAUACCUGAUCAACAACACUGAGGUCGAUGUGUCGGGUUCCACUAUUGCGAUGAAAGACAACAAUGGCAGUUUCAUCAGCACUCUAAACCUGCAGCUGUUUAGUGAUGAUAACUUCACGCAACCUCUCGUCAUGCCACCAUUUGGUAUUGAGCUGAGGUCAAGUGUGUUUGUGCAGGUGCAGGCCACCAACCUGACCUCUCAAUACUUUGUGCUGCUGGACAGAUGCUACGCCUCCAUUUCCAGCACACCCACCACCGAAAACUACUUCAACCUCUUUAUGCCUUGUACCAGAGAUUUUUUCACUAAAAUGCUUGUGAACGGAGAGGAACAACAUGCUCGCUUCUUGUUUCCUGCCUUCCGUUUCACAGAACAGCAGAAUCAGACGGUGUCGAGAUACUACCUGCACUGUAUAACAAGACUGUGUGAAAUGACUUCCUGCAUGACAUUUACGCAAUGUGGCAGGAAGAAGAGAGAUGCUGCCACACCUCCUCCAAAUGGAGUUUCAGACAGCACCACCAUCACAUCACCAGCCAUCGUCAUACGUUCAGACAACGUUGUUACAUCAAAAGAGGAAGUUGUGUCUAUCAGCACAAACAAACCUUCUGAUGGUUCUGUGGGUGUUGGCAUCGCUGUGGGCAUCUUGGCAUUAGCCUGCAUAAUGAUGGUGGGAAUGGGAACCAUUUUCUACAAGAGAUACUGUCACUCUGGCCCCUCAAAAAUGGCCUGAAAUGCCCGGCGUGCCAAGAUUUGGCCCAUGCUCCUACUCUGAGAGAGGACAACCAGGGUCCCACCAUUCAUCUGGCCCAUCUCUCACCCUGGAGGGCUAAGCGGGGCUCAGAAUAAAACUGUUGUCAUCUAUAUCUUUUUUGUAGUGCUUUUGGUGACAAAUUAUAGCAAUAAGAUUGUGAGGUAUAUAAUGUGGCUUGUAAACAACUUGUUUUAUUUGUAAAGCUUGCAGUAAGAAUUGAAAGAAUAAAAGAACAACAAAAAAGCAUUAUAUCUAAUUUAAAGAAGGGGAAAGUAUUCUCUGUUAUUCUGUUUUUUGCAAAUGAAAGUGUUUUACAACUGAAAAGAUUGACUUGAGUCAUGAAUCUAAUUUGAUCAUGAGCACAUGUUGUGCAGCUGUUUGUAACAGAAUAAGGAACAAAAAAGUUAUUUUGUGGAAAAUUAACUAUAGUUCUAAUGUUAUUAUUUAUUAAAAAUUGAUCUUUUUGCUUAACAUUCAUAAAAUAUUGAUAUCACCACCUCUAAACUUAACUGAAGAAAGAAAGUCAUAUAAAUCUGCGAUGAAUGAGGUUGUAUAAAUUACAAGAUAAUUUUCAUUAUUCGGAGCCCUGUUCCCUUG